AUGCAGGCUUGGCUUGACUCAGCUUCAAAUGGAGGGUUUCCAUCGAUGGGCCUUCACGUUUCAUCCCUCCUUGAUCGGCUGGACCAUUCGAAAGGUCUCAACUCAAACCCAGCAGAUCUCCAAUUUGAUAAAGUCUCAGAAGCCGAGAGGCGACAAAGCGAUGGGUUAAAUUAUGCCGACUUGGACGAUGACCUGGACGGUGAUGCCUAUGGCAACUAUUAUCCAUCUCUCGAAGGAGAUGGACCAACAUCUCCUUGGCGUCAUAACCUAGAGGCUCUCCUAGAUUGGUUCAAAUAUUCCGAAGAUGAUCAACAUUAUUUAACCUACGGCCACGAGAUUUCGACUGGUCCUGCCCAGAGUCUGCCCGAAAGUAUUGACCAGAAGAGAACCCCGGACUGGCCCACAUCACCGGCCCCUUCUAAUUUUACGCCACUAGAGAAGCACCAAUCCACGAGCACAGUAAACUUGGGCUUCCAGGAGGCGUCACCAGUGAUUGACGAGAGUGAACACGGAUUACCCAUUUUACCAUCACCGCAAAUGCCCAGACCAGAGAAACAGACACCCAUUCAACAAAUGAUCCCAGAAGUCAAACACCAUGAAAUACAAGGAAAUGGAUUGAAGACUCUCUUCUCCGUCCGGGAAUCACACAUCGAUUUCAAGACGUGGGCUUCGAUGAUCCCUGAGGGAGCCCACAGUUGCUCCCACUGUCGACGUUUACUCAUUAAUGCAACGGAGCUGGAGCCAAAAGCUGAACACAAGAGCCACUUCUUUACUCUUUCAGAUGUGAAAGAAGCUGCGGAAUGUCAUUGUACAGUCUUCAAAUGGCUACAGAAUUGUACCCCGAUGUUUAAAUUAAGCAACGGGGAUGGCCGCUACUUUUCCCUCUCGCUCAUUCAUCGUCAACCGGAAAGUCGAGAUAUUUCAUCGAUAAUACUCGAAUCUGGUACCCCAGACAACCUUGGUUCUGAGUAUCAUGGCUCCUUGGGAGUUUUCGUGAGUAGAGAUGUGCCAGCCGCAGACUACAUCAGUGGUAGACCACUGAACAGUGACGUCGCAUCCGAUGAGAAUUUUGAGUUAUCUCGGAAAUGGCUCGGCGAAUGCCACAAGAACCACGCGGAAUGUAGAGGCUCAAACAGGGCUUAUAUGCCGGCGCGAGUGCUCGAAAUUAAAGGCAGCAAGGUCAAGUUGAUUCAAACGCAAGGGGACCAAGCAGGGAGGUACGCUGCUUUGAGUUACUGCUGGGGAGGCAGCCAAGGCUGCAUGUUGACAUCCGAGACCCUACCGACUUUGACUCAGGAUAUUCCAACCCACCAGCUAGCCCUGACAAUACAGGACGCCAUAGAGGCCACCAGGAAGUUGAAGUUGCGCUACCUUUGGGUUGACGCUGUCUGCAUCAUACAAGAUGAUAUCGCAGACCAGAGGAGGGAAAUCCCCAGAAUGUCCGAGAUCUUUGAGGCAGCGUACGUCACAAUUUCGGCUGCAAGUGCUAGAUCUUGCCGACAAGGGUUUUUGGCACCCAGACAUCCCGAGCUUGCUACAAUACCGUACAUUCUCCCGGACGGAGAGUUGGGAGCCCUGAAUCUAUAUCAGGACAUUGACGCAGCGGACGAACCAAUCCAGAGUCGAGCCUGGACUCUGCAAGAGCACGUCAACGCGAGCCGUAUCUUAGAGUUUGGAACUCAGCAACUAAGGAGAACCUGUCGACUGAUGCCACAGAGCUUCGAUCUGAAGGAAUGGAGGAAGCUUGCGCCACCAACCAGCGGGGGGACGGUUGGCAAAGACAUUUCGGACCUAUGGAAGAAGCCGGAAAAUAUUCUUUACCGAUGCUGGCAGCCUUUAGUUAAGAACUACACGCGAAGGCAUCUCCACAAUCCGUCGGACAAGCCACUCGCAAUCUAUGGGAUAGCAAUGGAGUAUAAGAAGAUGUUGCGCUCAGAAUACAAGGCUGGACUAUGGCUCAAUUUCCUCAAACAGGACUUGCUCUGGAAGAGGGAUGAGUCUACUUCUGGAAAGCCACGCCGACUGGACAGCCGUUGUCCCUCAUGGUCAUGGCUGUCUGUUGACUCCGCUGUCAUUGUCUGGGAAGCACCUCGCAACUGGACAUUUGAGACACUCGAGGUUUUGGAGUGUUCUGUUAAUGAACACCUUUGGGAUGACUUAUGGCUCAGCUUUUUGGAGGUGAAAGGCCGCACACGGGAAGCGGUGUGGAUUGUCAAGGAGGGACUCUUGGUGGCCGAUGAACAUAACAAGGACAGGCCAUUUGCUAACGUACUAGCUGACGUGCCAGGAGAAGACCCCAUCCUGAAUGAGGAGAUAUCGGUUGCCUGGUUCUUGUCCGCUCUAACAAACCAGGCCUUGACACCCGAUUUCAGCGUGUGGGUUUGUGGACCAUUCGAGAUACUACAUCUUACGAAGAGAAAGAGGCACAAGGAAAUUGGUUGGAAACUGGAAAGCAAUCGAACUUAUGUCUACUAUAAUUGA